GCCGUAGGCUUCUGCAUGUACAAUACACAUUCACCGACAUUUUUUUCAUCCAAGGUGCAUCUAUACGCAAGAUCUCGUUUGCCUGUCCCGGCGCUUUUUUAUCUUUUAUUUCUUCCUUUUUUAAUGUUUAACUAAUGAAUCUAUCCUCGUUAUCAUCAUCAUGAGCGAAGUUCUAAAUUAUCUUGUGCAGAACGACGAGAAUUUCCGGAGAGCCCGUCUUCCUGCACUCUACUCCGACUUCCGCUCUCAACGAACGCUCAACCCGGACGGCUUCGCUGCUAACGUCUCAGCAUGGAAGCGCGGGCUCUCCUCCGCCGUUCUAGCUGGCUACGUACCCUCCAAAUCCGGGACGAAUAACCACUUAACCCUCGACCUCGAAGGCGAUUCUCUCCUGCGCUCUCUCGAAACCAAGCAAUUCGGACGACCGCUCGCUCUGGGUACCGUGCUGCAGGAGGCCUUGGACAAUGGGGAGAUGAUGCCGCUGCAGCAGUUCCUCAAGGCGAAGGAGAGCAUAUAUUACCGAUCGUGGAGUAGUAUUCCAUGGUCCGUCGUGUCAUGGGGACUCCGCCAGGUCGGUAUAGGCGGGCCAGGCGAUAAUUUACCCAAGGGCCAAUUCGUGAUACUACACAACCUAGAAGUCGUAUCCAAAGCCUUCGGCGAAGCGACCGAGGACCGCACGUCACCUUUCGAGCGGACCUUUUCAAAAACACAUUUCCAGAGAACGUUUGCCGAGGGCUUGCUCGAGGACAAACAGCGAUUGUCGGACAUAGAUAUGGAAGUGCUCGUGAAGUUCCUCUCGAGAGAUAAGCACGUGCUAGCUACGGAUGGGAACACGGUUAAGAUCCGGAGCAGUGGUGAAGGUGUAGAAAUCACCCACGAGGACUCGGCGAUCGCAUCUCUCAAAGAGCUUAUGGAGGACUUGACGCGGCAGACCGAAGUGCUAAGCAAGCGUAUCGACGACUUAAAUCUCGCCGCCCAGGAUGCUGUGAGGAGGAAAAAUAAGAUCGCCGCGCUUGCGGCUCUUAAGUCAAAGAAAUUGGCCGAGAUGAAUCUAUCACGACGGCACAACACACUCAGCCAACUGGAAGAUGUGGCGGCUAAGAUCGAGCAAGCAGCUGACAAUGUGCAGCUGGUAAAGGUUAUGCAGUCAAGCACGGUAGCUCUACGCAACCUGAACGCGCAAGUCGGUGGUGCCGACAAGGUCGACGAGGUGCUCGAGAAUUUACGAGAGCAGAUGGGUGAGGUGGACGAGAUAGGAAACAUUAUUUCCGAAGCAGGACCCGCAGCCACCGUCGACGAAGCAGAAGUUGACGACGAACUCGAAGCUAUGCUAGCGGAAGAGCGGAAGAAGGACGAGGAAGCCGAGAGAAUCAAGCGCGAGGCACAGGAAGAGAAAGAGGCCGAGGAGACGAGACGCAAACUUGCGGAGCUGGAGAAGCUGGGCCCGUUACCUGUACCGGGGCAAGAAGGAGAGAAGGCUUCGAGGCCCCUUACGCCUAUGACAGCUACGGCUAACGAGCUGGGAGAUAUGAAGAUAUAAACCAAUAAUAACAAGGCUGGUGAAGCAGCCGUGUAAUACAUAUUUACUUGCUAA